AUGUAUGGACAAACGGCCCUUUCACAGCGGGAAAACGAAUAUCACAACCUGAGAAUACAAGUCGAACAGCUGAGGAGAGAAGCUGCUAUAUCCAGGAAAAAAAUUUCAGUUUGUUCUGAUGAGUAAGUCAGAAUUGUCACGAUAUCGUUGAUUUAAGCUUUUGAAAGCGCUGUUUUGUUUGCCUUUGUCCUCUUUUCUAAGCACAUUAUUAAUGCAAAUUUACAGGUAUUGUUUCCAUUUUGAUGUGAACCUUUUGUGUGAUUAAAUUUGUAUGGAUUCUAUUAUCCAUAAUGGGCGCUCGGGGCGCUCGGCGUUAUAGCACGUACUCCCAAGUUGUGACAGGACGAUUUUAGAACAUAAGUCACGAGAUGAAAUUCAUCUCUUUUCGUAGUAAGACUUUGUAUUUCUUAUAAUGUCCGUUAGAGUAUAAAUCCACAGUAGUUUGUCAACGUUUUAACCCUGAAUAUUUUAAUGACGUUACUUAGUUGUUUACGAAUUGCGUUCGUGACGUUUAUAGCAAGCAGCAGUGACNAACCUGAGAAUACAAGUCGAACAGCUGAGGAGAGAAGCUGCUAUAUCCAGGAAAAAAAUUUCAGUUUGUUCUGAUGAGUAAGUCAGAAUUGUCACGAUAUCGUUGAUUUAAGCUUUUGAAAGCGCUGUUUUGUUUGCCUUUGUCCUCUUUUCUAAGCACAUUAUUAAUGCAAAUUUACAGGUAUUGUUUCCAUUUUGAUGUGAACCUUUUGUGUGAUUAAAUUUGUAUGGAUUCUAUUAUCCAUAAUGGGCGCUCGGGGCGCUCGGCGUUAUAGCACGUACUCCCAAGUUGUGACAGGACGAUUUUAGAACAUAAGUCACGAGAUGAAAUUCAUCUCUUUUCGUAGUAAGACUUUGUAUUUCUUAUAAUGUCCGUUAGAGUAUAAAUCCACAGUAGUUUGUCAACGUUUUAACCCUGAAUAUUUUAAUGACGUUACUUAGUUGUUUACGAAUUGCGUUCGUGACGUUUAUAGCAAGUAGCAGUGACCUUAAGAAUCCUAAAACCUUAGUUCGCGAAGCUUUUGUUUUUGCUUAUUUCCUGCGGCUUAUAUGGCUUACAAUUCAGAAUUUCUCAUUUAUAUAUUGAUAUCUUUACUGAAAAUGAUAAUGACAUGAGAGUUAGAGAGUUAGGGAAAUUAUAAUAAUCAGCAUUAAGCAACUUCAUUCCAAGAGAAGCUGAUUCUAUGAGGAAUUCAAGGUCAUCAUUAAGUUGAUGCUAUGGCCUUGAAAAGGGCUUUUCGAGGGAAGUGAAAUGUAUACACGUAUCAGAAGUUUUAUUGCUCUGUCAUUUUUUUUAGCAUCAUCGUAAAUACCAGUUUCCAUAGGAUUAUCCUCUUCGAUGAUGGAAUUCUUUAGCCGCUGGUCAUGCGGUCAGGACAUGCCUCCUAAAGAGUAUUUUCACAUGACACCACGGCAGCCAUACCAAUCCUGUUGGAAUUGAGCAAUAUAUUUCUUAUGCAUAUACAUCCCAACUCUCCCGGAUUCGGCGCUGAUCUGCCGCUCUCCCACUCUCCCGUACAGAUCACCAAAUCUCCCGGAUAAAAUGGACUUUUAAGCUUUUCUAUGCUUUUUGUUUGAAACUCAGCCCGUUUUUUCCCCUCAAAAUUUGAACUUUUUGUAUUCAUUGUGUGGUCUGGGACAUUUUUGCACGUAUUAAGUUGAGUCACUGACAAAGAUAAUUUGUUUCAUCAUUACAAUGACGAAAGCGAAUUUUUAUAUUGGGUGGGGGGGCUGUUGGAAGUGUUGUGCAAAAUAGAGGUUGGCAUCUCUGCGUAUAUAAAUGCUCUCUUUUGUUCUAAUAAAUUUGCGUAGAUGCUGCCCACAUGAGUGAAAAUACUCCAUGGUCAUUUUUGUUAGCUUUAGAAGAAAAAGCUGCCUUAAAAAUAUUUUGUGUAUGUAUCUUUUAAUAAUUAUCAAAUGUCUAAGUCAUCAGGUAUUAUUAUUAGAAGCUCUGUCUUCUUAAAAAAGUCAGUCUCAGUUGAAUUAAGUGUUUGACCAAUCCUAGGUUUAUUGAGAGGCCUUCCACCUCCCCUCCCCCGCCCCCUCUCCUCAAUUUGCAGUUAUUUGCGCCACACACAAGUUGAGUCAUUAGAACAGUUGAAUAAAACUAGAGUAGCUGGCUGUUUAUGGAAUGAACAACAACACAACAAAUUAAUAUAACUAAGUAAUUAUCUGUUAUUCAUUACAUAGGAAUCAAUCUUUUUAACCUUUGUUUUGUUGUGUUUUUUCUUGUUGUAGCCUCGCUCGAUUCUGCCAAGAGAAGCGAUGUGAUGAUCCUUUGCUAGGAAAGAUUCCAAAUGCAAACAAUCCUUACAGAGAUAAGGGAAUGACAUGCUUGCUGCUAUGA